AUGCUGCUUCUGUACUUUCCAUUGCUAGCUGUUCUCCUCGCAGCUGGUGACAAUGAAGAUGCCUUCCAGGAGGAGAUCUCCUUCAAAAUUAUCUACAGCUCAUCCUUCUACAACCGUUCCUGCGUGAAAACUUGGUGCUCUGCUUGGUUGGAUGACUUGCAGACUCAUGGCUGGGACAGCAACUCUGGCAGAAUUAUUUUUCUGCGUCCUUGGUCCAAGGGCAACUUUAGUGAGGAAGAGAUAAAAGACGUGGAAAAAUUCUUCCAUCUGUUCUACAUUGACAUGCCUCUAGUAACUCAAAGGCAUGCCAGUCAAUGGAAGUUUACAUAUCCCUUUGAGAUUCAGAUAACAAUGAGUUGUGAACUGCACUCUGGGGGAGCCAUAGUAGGCUUCCAUCGAUUCGCUUAUCAAGGAUCAGAGCUCCUGCACUUCCAGAACAAUUCAUUUCUGCCAUCUCCAAAGGGUGGAACAAGAGCUCAGGAUGUGUGCAGAGUAUUCAAUCAGUACCAUGUCACCAAGAAAAUGGUACAGAGGAUUAUCAGUGACGCCUGCCCACGUUUUCUCUUGAGUGUUCUUGAUGCAGGGAAGGCAGAUCUUCAGAGAGAAGUAAAACCAGAGGCCUGGCUGUCCAAUGGCCCCAAUCCUGGUCCUGACCAUGAGAUGCUGGUUUGCCAUGUCUCUGGCUUCCAUCCAAAGCCAAUUUGGGUAAAGUGGAUGCGAGGUGAACAGGUACAACAGCGCACUCAACAGAGUGGUAUCUUGCCCAAUGCUGAUGGGACAUGGUACCUUCAGGUUUUCUUGGAGGUGGAAGCCACUGAGACAUCUGGCCUAUAUUGCCGGGUGAGACAUAGCAGCCUCGGAGGCCAGGACAUCAUCCUCUACUUGGAACGUCACCGUAGCUCCAGGGGCUGGAUCAUCGUGGCAGUGAUGGUGCCCCUGGUGCUCCUGGCAGCUCUUGCAUUUGGGCUUCGGAAGCGCUGGUCACACUGUGAGCCUCCUGCCACUCUUCUUCCUUUGGAGUGAGAUGCCAGCAGCCCUGGGGUUCCAGACAUAUUUAAACGCAGCGCGGCGAUAAUGUCCGUUCAGCUCUCCAUGUACAACUUUGGUUGUUUAUGUGUUGUUAUUUGUGUGUUUAAUGAUUAGUUAUUAAUAUAAGCUAAAGGU